CUGGUGCCUCCGAAAUAUGGGCAACGGCCACUCUGUAGCUUCGGAAAUGCCAACUCUUCACUUCGAUAGGGAAUUCAAUGUCCAACUUCCAGAGGAGGUUAUAGGUCAUAUCGUUGCCUCCCUCAGCGAAGAAGCCAUCACAGCCGAACCCGGGUACAAGAAUCACCUCGCCUCCUGUGCUCUGACAUGUCAUUCUUGGCACAAAUACCUCCACCCGUACCUCUUCACGUCUCUCACCUUGCGCACACACGCGGAUUUGGACGUCCUCCUCCAGCUCAUCGACAGUGACGAGAGGAUCCGGACGAGAUUGACGCGUCUGGACCUUCAUGAGACGGACGAGUGCUGGAUACACCACGCACUCCACAUCCUGCCGAGCCAGCUCCCCGCCGUGACCAGCCUAGGAUUGCACAGCCCUAACCUUCUCGACGCCUCAGAUCCCAACUGCACGUCCGACGCCCUUCGCGUCCUGUGCGCCGACCUGCCGCAGAUCCGUAAUCUCGAGCUCGGCGGCUCAGCAUUCGACGACUUCCCGACCUUUUCCGCGUGCGUCUCUGCUUUCCCGUCUCUGACCCAGGCUCAGUACCGCGGCGUCACCUGGACUCGGCCAUCGGGCGGUGCACGCGCAUCCGAGCGCACGAACCCGGCUGUGGAGGUGGACACAGUUAGUGGCGGCGUGCCUUGGCUGUGGACACUCGCGAGUCCUUUUCCGGGGGAGGAUACCCCUGUCCUUGCGGAUGCGGAUGCGGCAGUGUUCACGCGGCUGGUCGAAGUCGCGAUGUACAAUUCCGCCAAAUGCACCGUCUCCUUGAAGUCACCCGACAGUCCUCGUGGACAGCAAUGGGAGGUGAUAGUUCGCUGUGCAACGGGGAACAGCGCAGUCGUCUCUAUAGCACCAGAUAUGUCUCGUCAGGUGAAAGGGACCCCCAUUUCCACUAUCCGUUCGGCAUCUCUUCGUUUAACCCCCGCGGGUUCGACGGUGAACGACGAGGCCCAUGAAUGGAUACAACACAUGGCGCAGCUCGAUGCUUCCUGUAACGCCCUUCCGCAAGCGGUGUCUCUCGCUCUAGACUGGGAAUACGUUGGAACAGUCGAGUGGUACGUCAUGCAAGACCUGAAGCAUACCCUCUUCCGUCGGCUAUGGGCGGCGAAGAGGCUAGUAUACCACCUCACAAAAGGUACCGAGCCGCGAAGAGCUCUCUAUCUUCCCAUGGCAUUGAGGCACAAGUAGCUUACCAGACGUGCAAUCACAUAUACCUGACACUCGCACAGACGAUACCCCCGAUACCCCAGAGCCAUCACAUCUUAGUGUAGAGCUUGUAAUUCCUACUAUAGACCAUCCUAAU